CAGCACUCCUCAGUCUAGGGCUCAACCGAUGUGCUGGUCUUGACAGUGAGUGAUGACUGUGGCAGGGGCAGCUGAGGCUUAGCUGUGUGGCUCACAGAAAAAGGUGCAAAUUGGAUGUCUCUGAUUUGGUAGCAGGUGCAGGCUCUUUAUUGAAAGGAGAGUUGCCUUAAAGGGAAGAGUGAUAUUUUGUGUGGAUUUUAUUCUGCUUCUGCUGACUGCUCCGCCAUAUCUUAUCAUUAUGACCUGGAGGCAUGGGGGACACUGGCACCUUUGACUUUUUUCUCUUUCUGAAAUCCCUUCAAGAUAUAUGCUUAGUUUUGAAAAAAGUUUUGUUUGUUUUUGACUAUUAUCUCAAGCUGAAUAUACACUGUAGUGUUGUGGACUUUACAUUAUCAUAGGGGCACCUUUGGACCCCAACUUGCAACCAACGUUUACUGACUUGGCUAUAGGAGUGAGAGGACAAUGCCUGGAUUAUCCUAUAAUAAGUGACUCUGUAACUUGCCAGUGGGAAGCUGCAAGUGAAAAAGGGACUGGAGGCUGUCGGUUGGCUGCUGGCUGCAUUCCACCAGUUUGGCUGAAGACUGUAAGCGUCCUGACAACCUUCACUCGCUGGUAGGAUACACGCACACCGAGAGAAACAGCAGGAUCGCACUUCACAUUCUGGGUCAGGAGGGAUUAGUAGAAGAAUGCUGGUCCCGGGUGCCAAACAGGAAGAUGGUGAUGCGUUGGCCGAGUGCUGCAGCUGUUAAAUGGUUGCUGUUGAUGCUCCUAUGGCAGUGGACAGUGCUGGGCCACCUCGGCUGGGUUCUGGCCCUGGCUGAGGGACAGCAGAGUAAGAACCCCUCACUCACUGCUGCCAGCACUGGACGCCAGAGUGGCGGCCACCUGGAUUGGCUACUGUCCGAGAAGGGACCUUUCCACCGUUGUCCUGAAUACACAGAGUUCAAAGAACGCUUCCAGCAGGGUUUCUCCACACGCUAUAAGAUCUACAGGGAAUUCAGCCAUUGGAAAGUGAACAGCUUGGCUACAGAGAAGAGGGAAUUUUUUAAGGCACCCUUGCCGCUGGCGCCGGAGUUUCUACGCAACCUGAGGUUGCUGGGCCGAAGACCAAGUCUGCAGCAGAUCCACGAGAACUUGAUCAAGAAAUAUGGAACUCACUUUUUGGUGUCUGCUACGCUAGGAGGAGAAGAAUCGUUGACAAUCUUCCUGGAUAAGCAGAAGCUCAGUAAGAAAUCGGUGGGACAAGGAAACAGCUCUGUGGUCUCCCUGGAAGUAUUGCAUCAGUUGGCUGCCUCUUAUUUCACAGACCGCGAGAGCACCUUGAGACGACUUCACCACCUACAGAUAGCCACCUCCGCCAUAAAGGUAACAGAAACUAGGACCGGGCCCCUUGGAUGCAGUAACUAUGACAGCCUUGAUUCUGUUAGCUCUGUCUUGGUACACAGUCCUGAAAAUAAAAUACAGCUAAAAGGUUUACAGGAUGUCCUUCCAGAAUUCCUCCGGAACCGUUUUGUGGAGGCCGCUCUCAGCUACGUGGCAUGCAACUCUGAGGGGGAGCUUUUGUGUCGUAACAAUGACUGCUGGUGCCGCUGCUCUGCCAAGUUCCCAGAUUGUAACUGCCCCUUUGCUGAUAUUAAAGUCAUGGAGGAAAAUCUGCACAAAAGCAAGGAAUCCUGGACCAACUUCAACACGGAAUUCAUGGAAUCAGACGAAUUCAAGACCUUCAUGAAAAAACUACCAACAGACCGUUUUUUAAACACAUCCUUGGUAUUCAAGUUUUGGGCAGCAGAUGCAGCUCUCCAGAGGCGCUACAUCCAAUUGGAGAGCAGCACCAAUUUGAUUCUUGGGAAAGCCCAGAAGAUUGUGAGGAAACUCUUCACUCUGAGCAAGCGCUGUCCCAAACUGCCAAGGAUCAGCCUCCCAAGAGAAAGGACACCAGGAUUUUGGCUGAACAGGGCCCAGUCACUCCUGUACUGCAAUGAACAUGGAGUCCUGGGCACGUUUUCAGAGGAGGUGCAGAGCUGCACCUGCACUGCAGAGCACAGUAGUGCCUGCCAGGGGACAGUGCCCUGUGAGGUCAGAGAAGGGUCAUCCUGCCUCUCAUGUGCCCCAGACAACAUCACACGCUGUGGCUCCUGCCACCUUGGCAACAUCCUGCACCUGGGCUCGUGUCGGCCCAACAUAGCAAACUCUCUGGACCACUACCUGAACAUUGACUUUGACAUGCCGGAUGCAGAGUUCAAGUACCUGCUCCAGCGGCUGGACAGUCGCAUGGAAGUCCAUGCCAUCUACAUCAGCAAUGACGUGCGUCUGGGCAGCUGGUUCAACCCGGCCUGGAGGAAACGCAUGCUCCUCACUCUAAAGAGCAACAAAAACAAAUCCAACCUCAUUCAUAUGCUAAUGGGAAUCUCAUUCCAGAUCUGCUCUACUAAAAACAGUACCCUGGAGCCUGUGCCUGCCAUCUAUGUCAACCCAUUUGGGGGUAGCCACUCAGAGAGUUGGUUCAUGCCUGUCAACCAGCAGGACUUCCCAGACUGGGAAAGAACUAAGGUGGAUGCCUCUCUGCAGUGCUACAACUGGACGCUGAUGCUGGGCACCAAGUGGAAGUCCUUCUUCGAGACGGUGCACAUUUACCUGCGCAGCCGCAUCCUGACCGAUGACCCCACCGUCAACGAGACCCUUUUCUACGAACCCCUGGACCUAGAUGACCACACGUCCAACCUGGGCUACAUGAAGAUCAACAAUCUCAAGGUGUUCGGCUACAGCAUGCACUUUGACCCCGAGGGCAUCAAAGACCUGAUUCUGCAGCUGGACUACCCUUACACGCAAGGCACCCAGGACGCAGCCUUUCAUAUGCUACUGGAGAUGAGAGACCGCAUCAACCGGCUCUCCCCGCCUGGAUUGCAGGCAUUGGACCUCUUUUCAUGUCUGCUCCGCCACAGGCUCAAGCUCUCCACUAGUGAGGUGGUGCGCAUCCGAGACUCCCUCCAGAUUUUCAACUCCAAGCUGCCCAAUUCCUCGGAGGCAGAGCUGGGCCAGUUGUGCAGCUAGCUCAGUCUAAAUUAGAGUCCAGAGAGUGCUGUGCUGUGCUGCUGGUUACUCUUCAGUCAGUUGCCAAUUUAUCCAUCUGGUUUGGAAAACAUGCACAUAUAUUUCUCUGAGAUGUCUAGAGCAUUCCUAUACACUGGUUGACAGAGCUCGGAGUGUGUUGGCUCUGUUGGAUGUGAAGUGAUGUCAUGACAACAGAUUUUGCUUUGCACAGAUAGAGUUUUUAAUAUAAAGAGCGAGGAACUGAGUUUGGAAAAUAAUUGCUCUGGAUUGUUCAUCUGUUGGCAGUAAAUUGGGGAAACAGAAGAGGAUUUCCCUUUCUAACACUUUUUUCUUUGGUUACAGAAUGAUUUCAUUUCAAAGAGUCUGGUGGGCUGAAUGAGUUGAUUAUGCUUACAAAAUGACAUUGGUUUCCUUACCCUGUAAGCAGUCUAUGGACAAGGUUUGACAGCAAUCCAUGUUUUGGUUUAGUUUCCCUGGCACUCUUUCCACAUGCUAAUGUUUUGGAAUUUGUGGCAGAAAUCCCAUUCAAGUCAUGGGACCGAUAUUAGCAUUUUUCACGUCCAAAUCAUGUCCACAUUUCUUAAAGUAUCUAAAGUUGAAUGUAAAGCCCAACAAAGUCACUUAUGAGUUUAACAUGAUGCACAGAAAAUUCUAAUAUCGUUAAUGACUUUGUGCCACAAGUGCUAAUACAUUAGCAUGUGGAAACUGUGCCAGGGAAACUUAACCAAAACAUGGAUUGCUGUCAUACCUUGUCCAUAGACUGCUUACAGGGUAAGGAAACCAAUGUGUCAUUUUGUAAUUUGGGUGAACUAUCCCUUCAAUGGUUUAUUAUGAUAAUCAUCCCCAAAAAUGUUAUCCUUGCCUUUCCAUUUUAUCUGGCAUUCAAAAUCCUGUAAAAUAUGUAUUUGUGCUUAAAAUUUGGUUGGGAAGCCCAAUAGUAAAUAUUUCUAUUUAUUUAUUCAGCAACAUUACUUUACCAAAUGAAGCUGAACAAAGUGGCAAAAUGAAUGGUUAAAAUGUCUUAAAUGUUGAAAUAUCCCUUUGAGAGGAUUUCAAAAGGUCUGUGGAUACAGCUGUGUACAUAUUGCUCCAUCUAAAUCUAGAUGUGGAAAGUACACAUUGCUUUUUAGAUAACCAAGUGCAAAGACCAAAAAAAUAUUUGUAACAAAAUAAAAUCAUGCCUUAUGAUGGAGAAUCAAUGUUCAGAUAAAAAGCACAUUCAGCCGAGUGUUUCAUUUUCAGGCUAGACCUUUCGAAUAUACAGUUGAAGUCAGAAGUUUACAUACACUUAGGUUGGAGUAAUAAAAACUCAUUUUUCAACCACUCCACAAAUGUCUUGUUAACAAACUAUAGUUUUGGCAAGUUGGUUAGGACAUCUACUUUGUGCAUGACACUAGUAAAUAAUUCACUGUAUCACAAUUCGAGUGGGUCAGAAGUUUACAUGCACUAAGUUGGCUGUGCCUUUAAACAGCUUGGAAAUUCCAGAAAAUGAUGUCAUGGCUUUAGAAGCUUCUGAUAGGCCAAUUGACAUAAUUUGAGUCAAUUGGAGGUGUACCUGUGGAUGUAUUUCAAGGCCUACCUUCAAACUCAGUGCCUCUUUGCUUGACAUCAUCGGAAUAUCAAAAUAACUCAGCCAAGACGUCAGAAAAACAAUUGUAGACCUCCACAAGUCUGGUUCAUCCUUGUGAGCAAUUUCCAAAUGCCUGAAGGUACCACGUUCAUCUGUACAAACAAUAGUACGCAAGUAUAAACACCAUGGGACCAUGCAGUCAUCAUACCUCUCAGGAAGGAGACUCGUUCUGUCUCCUAGAAAUGAACAUACUUUGGUGUGAACAGUGCGAAACAAUCCCAGAACAACAGCAAUUGACCAUAUGAAGAUGCUGGAGGAAACAGGCACAAAAGUGUCUAUAUCCACAGUAAAACGAGUCCUAUAUCGACAUAACCUGAAAGGCUGCUCAGCAAGGAAGAAGCCACUGCUCCAAAACCGCCAUAAAAAAGCCAGACUAUGGUUUGCAACUCACAUGGUGACAAAGAUCAGACUUUUUGGAGAAAUGUCCUCUGGUCUGAUGAAACAAAAAUAGAACUUUUUGGCCAUAAUGACCAUCGUUAUGUUUGGAGGGAAAAGGGGGAGGCUUGCAAGCUGAAGAACAUCAUCCCAACUGUGAAGCACAGGGGUGGCAGCAUCAUGUUGUGGGGGUGCUUUGCUGCCGGAGGGACUGGUGCACUUCACAAAAUAGAUGGCAUCAUGAGAAUGGAAAUUAUGUGGAUAUAUUGAAGCAACAUCUCAAGACAUCAGUCAGGAAGUAAUAUCUUGGUUGCAAAUGGGUCUUCCAAAUGGACAAUGACCCCAGGCAUGCUUCCAAAGUUGUGGAAAAUGGCUUAAUGACAACGAAGUCAAGGUAUUGGAGCGGCCAUCACAAAGCCCUGACCUCAAUCCUAUAGAAAAGUUUUUUUUUUUUUUUUUUUACCUUUAUUUAACCAGGCAAGUCAGUUAAGAACAUAUUCUUAUUUUCAAUGACGGCCUGGGAACAGUGGGUUAACUGCCUGUUCAGGGGCAGAACGACAGAUUUGUACCUUGUCAGCUCGGGGGUUUGAACUCGCAACCGCAAAAGUUGUGGCAGAACUGAAAAAGCGUGUAUGAGCAAGGAGGCCUACGAACCUGACUCAGUUACACCAGCUCUGUCAGGAGGAAUGGGCCAAAAUUCACCCAACUUAUUGUGGGAAGCUUGUGGAAGGCUACCCAAAAUGUUUGACCCAAGUUAAACAAUUUAAAGGCAAUGCUACCAAAUACUAAUUGGGUGUAUGUAAACUUCUGACCCACUGGGAAUGUGAUGAAAUAAAUAAAAGCUGAAAUAAAUAAUUAUCUCUAUUAUUCUGACAUUUCACAUUCUUAAAAUAAAGUGGUGAUCCUAACUGACCUAAGACAGGGAAUUUUUACAGGUAUUGUGAAAACUGAGUGUAAAUGUAGUUGGCUAAGGUGUAUGUAAACUUCUGAAUUCAACUGUAUUUUGCAAACAUAACACCACAUUAUUGGAAUUGGCCAACUGUAUUUGCAUUCUAAUGAGUACACUGUAUUUUGGAUCUUACCUGUAAAUGUCAGUCACAAUUCCUGUUCAAAGGUGUGUUUUUUUAGCUCAAAGCUUUAUUCAUUUUUUUUCACGAUAGGCCUACACGUUGAAACUCAAAUUAAUAUGUACUGGAGGACAUAUAUUUUUGUUGGUAUAAUAUUACAUCUGGAUAUGUUUAAAUAUUUUACACUGAUUGUGAUGGUUCAACAAUUUGCCGUACUGCUAUGGUAUCUCCAUUUCAUAUGUUAAAGUACUAUUUGGUCUUUCAUUAUCUACAAAACCUACACCUUGAGUGAAAACCUACUGUCAUAAAUCUACUACUGGAAUAGCUGUGUUUCUAGGAUUGAUCAAUUGUACCAUUUGACAAGAGUGAGCAAGGAACCUUUGGUCUUGACAAAGAAGACCUAUUUAAAUGUCCCUCUUCACAGUACGGAUCCUCUGUGUCUCUAAUAUAUAAAGUGCAGCAUUUGCAAGGUAAAAAAAACUAACAUUUACAAGGUUGUCACAGAGCACGGGAACCAAACACACAUUGUGACAUCAGAUAAAACUCACUGUGCCUCUGAACAACCUGGGAAAAACCUCAAGACUAUUUUAAUAAGAUGGGAGUCACAAACACAGAGUUUAUAAAUAAAAGUGAUUUAUCUUGGUGUCAUCAAGAAAUCAGCACUCGCCCUUCAGCUAAUCGCCAGGACAGUGGAGGAAACCCAAUCAAUCAAGGAGGGUCUAUUAUGCUGUGUAAACUAUUCAAACAUUCCCACAAGAAAGGGAGUUGGCUAUUUUUCUCCAAUGAUUUAUGAUGUUUUGAGAGUCCAAUAACUGCAUUAAUGUUGUGGAAUUGCUGAAAUAAAAUGAGGUGUUUUGCUUGGAUUA